CCUGCCACAGAGGGCGCAAUCAAUGACCGGGCUUAGUGGGGGGCACGCUUGCCCCAUUGACGAUUGUUGGCGUCCGGAACGAGAAGGCGGCGGCGACGACCAUCAGGCAAAAGAAAUCUGCUCCAUAGCUCAGAACGAUCACCAGGAUUCUCCAUACAGAUGUCUGACAAGAUGGAGAGUCCUCAGACUGUUUCAAGCUGUAUCAUGUUGUUGAAUUCUGAAUCACAGGAGGCCCAGGUUCCAAUCAGCAGCUGCAGUCAUGGCCAGGCUUCGACCUACACAAACCCUAGCCGGUCAUUUCUCUUCAUUCUGUUCUAUCUCUUCAUGUUGAAUAUCCGGUUCAGCGAAUCCCUGACAUCACACGAAGGAAAAGAUUCAGUGAGCAACAUUUCAGAUGUUCCGUGUUGGCAGGUUGAGCAGUUCCUGGUGGCAGAGAGCUGUAAGGAGUGCACACGUUUUGAGGUGAAAACCCGAGAAGCCUGCAGCAGAACAGGAUUUGUGGAAAAGGUCAAUUGCUCAGAGUCCCACCGAGAGGAAUAUAAAAGCUGCCGCUCUACACUGAUGGAGGAGACUCUGUUCUGGAGAUUUGAAGGGACCAUGUUCACACUCUCUGUCAUCUUCGCUGUGCUGGUCAUUCACCGUCAGAGAGCACUAGACAGACUGGCCUCUGAAAAGGUCCGAAGACAAAUCGAAUCAAUUUGACAUGUUUGCUGCCUCAUGGUCAAACAUUCUGACAGACUAUGGAUGUGACUGAAUACAAACAGGGAAGAACAGAGUGGAAGACUAGAACCAGGUACUACCCAGCAUUCUGUGUAGACCUGCCUCUGAUCCAGAGCAUUCGGACCAAUCCAAUCCAUUCAGUCCACGAUCAAAAUAUACAAGUUACUGCCUCGGCCACCCUCGUGUGGCUCCAUUAGAACUGAUUCCGUGGUUAAGGUUGUGUGUGUGUGCAUGCGUGUUCACUCAGCCUGGCGUCUUUGUGCGUGUUUGUUGAUCAUGGCCUUCUUUAACAAAGUUGAUGGUUCAGGGUGUAAUUCACCAGCACACACCCUGAACCUGUGAUUACUGAUCCCAAGAUGUGAUUCUCUCAAACCAGGGAAAUAACCUGCUGCACAGGACAACAAGAGGCUGAAAUCAAACAUCACUCUCAGGCUGUGUAGACUGCGGGGUCACACUGACAACUAAUUCGGGCUCAAGUAGCAGAGGGGAGCUUUACCUUCAGUUUAAAAUAGAGAGAACAUCCCUCUAUCUAACCUCAUGCUGUCCCUGUCCUGGGACUGUUUGAUGGGGACAGUGUGGACAAAACUUUACUCCGUAGCAAACCCUGUGCUGUAGAGAGAGCUUCACCAUGUAUCUAGUCCUGUGCUGUCACAGUCCUGUGAGGGUUUGAAGGGAACAGUGUCAGGGGGACCUUUACUGGUGUCACUUAACCCUGUGCUGAGAGUGAAGAUGGGAACGGUGUACAGUUGCUGUUAUUAGCCAGUUUCCACUACGUUUAGUUCCUUGUUACUAACGUUACUAUCUGGGCUCAGUGAUGCUUGGAGCUCUUUUGUUUCAGUUUAUUUCAGAGACAGGAUGACAUCUCUGCUCACAAAAGCUGAGUAAACACUCUGCUUAAACAGUGAUAACAGCCUCUAGUUUACCUUCCAGAGAUAGUGGGGACUUGGUGAGGAAAGCAUUUCUGACUUUUUUGGGGUGGAGCUGAGGAACAGCAGCAAGACGCAAAUAUCAGUGUAAGCUGUUUGCAAGAACACCAAGCUGUAAUGCUAGAAAUUUGUUGGGCACAUUCUAAACUAAAAUAUUUGAGAGGCCGUCUAACCUGGGUAAUAUAGUACAAAUGGAUGACUUUAAUUCGUAUACGAUUGGGUUCACUGAACCCACCCUAAGUGCAGAGGAUGAAUUCCUUGAGAGUGUGAGAUGGAGCAGGACGUUGAAGACCCAACUAAGAAUUGAGCUGUCUUGGAUUUGAUGUCGUGCAAUAGGAAGGGGGUUAAUUAACCAUCUUGAUGUAAAGAAAUCUUUGGGAAAUAGCAACCAUAAUAAACAUUUAUAUGAAGUUUC